CUCUCCACUUUCGUAUUCAUUAUAGUAGUAUUUUUCUCCCCCUUUGUUUCCUUGCUCAUCCACAGAUGGGAUACUUAAAGCUUUUGAUAGUGGAGAAUUUCAAGACAUGGAGGGGCGAACAAUGCAUUGGACCUUUCAAGAAAUUCACUUGUGUCAUUGGUCCUAAUGGUUCAGGGAAAUCGAAUUUAAUGGAUGCCCUUAGUUUUGUAAUGGGUGAAAAGGCAUCUAAUUUAAGAGUGAAACACAUUCAAGAACUGAUUCAUGGGGCACAUGUUGGAAAGCCGGUUUCAUCAAGUGGAAGUGUAAGAAUGGUGUAUUGUGAAGAAAAUGGAGACGAGAAAACAUUUUCAAGAAUUAUUCGAGGCAAUGGAUCUGAGUUUCUUAUAAACGACAUUGCUGUCAGCCGAUCAUCAUAUAUAAAAGAACUUGGAGAAAUUGGCAUCAUUGCGAGAGCAAGGAAUUGCCUGGUUUUCCAGGGUCAAGUUGAAGCAAUUGCAAUGAAGAAACCCAAAGAAAGAACUCAGAUUUUUGAACAAAUUAGUAAUUCAGUGGAACUUGCUGCUGAGUAUGCAGAAAAGAAGAAAAAUAUGCACAAGGCAGAGGAUGAUGCACAGUUCAGUUACAACAAGAAGAAAAACGUUGCAGCUGAGCGCAAACGUGCAAAGUUAGAGAAAGAGGAGGCAGAACGUUACCAGACAAUGUCCGAAGAGUUGCGAGAGUGUAGGGGGCAGUCUCAGCUUUUCCAGCUCUAUCAUAAUGAACAAAAAACCAACUUACUCAACGAAAAAUUGUCUGCAAAAGACAUGAAUAUUGAUACUAAGAAAAUUGCUCUUUCUCAUGCUGAAGAUGCAGUGAAAGCCAGUAAAAGGGCUCUUGGAAUAUUAAAUAGAAACCAUCAGUAUAUUGAAAAAGAAAUAAAGUCGUUGGAGGUUCUGUUGAAUCAAAAGAGACCUCAGUAUAUUAAAGCAAAAGAAAGAACCUCUCACCAAAUAAAAAAAGUAGAGAUGGCUAAGAAACUCUUGUGGGAUCAUACGAAGGAACAGGCUAAGCGAGAAGAAAACAAAAAAGAAUUGGAAACAGAACUGUCUGAUAUUGAUAAAGCUUGGCGAGCAUUUGAAAAGAAGGUUGAAGCAGAGACACUGCACCAAGAGAGAGAUGUUUUCCUGGAAGAAAAUCAGAUAAAUAAAUACAAGGAGCUGAAAGAACUAGUGAGGAAAAAAGUAGCCACGUUGACUCAGCAACUGGAAAGACUGCAGUGGGAGCAAAAGGCAGAUGAAGAGAAGAUGUCAUUUUAUCAGCAGAGGCAGAAGGAAACCGAGGGAAGUAUAAAGCAAGUUAUGGAACAGAUAGAAGAUGGUGAAAACCGGGUAGAGAAGCUGAUGGAAUUCAGCAGGACAUGCUCUGCAUCUUUAGUGGAGAAAAAACAAGAAGUAGUAGCACUGACAAAUGAGCUUGAAAGUUCAAAGAUACGAAUUGCUGAAGUGAACGAAGAGCUGUAUAAAAUUGUUAGUGACUUGCACAAUGCUAAAAUUGAUGUCUAUGAAGGAACACGCCAGCGGAGGAGAGCUGAAAACCUGGAGAGCCUCAAAAGACUAUAUCCUGAUUAUGUGUUUGGAAGACUGGUUGACUUGUGUCAUCCCAUCCAUAAAAAAUAUCAACUUGCUGUUACCAAGGUUUUUGGCAAGUAUAUGACUGCGAUUGUUGUGGCUUCAGAAAAAGCAGCUAGAGAUUGUAUUUGUUUCCUCAAGGAAGAAAGAGCUGAACCUGAAACAUUUCUUCCUUUGGAUUACCUUGAGGUAGAACCUAUCAAUGAACAGUUAAGAGAGUUAAAAGGAUCUAAAAUGAUGAUUGAUGUCAUACAGACAUCCUUUCCUCCAUUGAAGAAAGUAAUUCAGUUUGUUUGUGGGAAUGGUCUAGUCUGUGAAACAGUAAAAGAAGCAAAGCAAUUAGCAUUUGAUGGUCCACGCCGACUGAAAACAGUGGCUCUAGAUGGAACUUUAUUUUUGAAGUCUGGAAUAAUCUCUGGAGGCUCAAGUUAUUUAAAAAUGAAGGCUAGAUACUGGGAUGAAAAAGAGGUGAAUGAACUUAAAGAACGAAGAGAAAAGCUGAUGAAUGAACUAAAGGACUUACUGAAAAUCAAGCGGAAGGAAAUUGAUUUAAAGCAUUUGCAGGCUCAGUGCCAAGGAAUUCAAACACGGCACAAAUAUUCACAAAGUGAAUUAGAGGUUCUUAAGAAAAAACAACUUGCUAAUUUCAACAAGGAGAAAUCUAUGUUGGAAAGUGAACUGGUAAAUACUCAGUCGCAACAUGCCAUGCUGAAUGAUGGAGUCUUACAAAGAGCGGGGAAAAUGGAUGAGCUCAAAAAGAAAAUUAAUAAGGUGGAAGACAAUGUUUUCCAUGAAUUUUGUGAAGAGAUAGGUGUAGACAAUAUUCGUGUAUAUGAAAAAGAACAUAUCCAACAGCAAGAAGAAAUUGACAAAAAGAGAUUUGAAUUUGAAAACCAGAAGACACGACUGAAUGUUCAGCUUGAGUAUAUUUGCAGCCUGAUAAAAAAGGAAGAGAGAAAGAACAACAUGCUGAAAGAGAGUAUUCGCAAAGAUGAAACUGAUAUCAUUCAGCUGAAAAAGGAUGAGGAUAAUUUUUUACAAAUGAUAGAUGAAGUUAUGACAGAACUGCAGCAGAUCAAGGAAAAGCAAAAUGUUAACAAGGAUGAUGUUGCAGAAGCACAGAAUAAAGUUGAAGAAUCAAGGAAGAAAUUUCUAACUCUGAAUAGAGAGUUGGUAACAUUACAAAAGGAAGCUCUUGCGAUCGAGACCUCGUUGGAACAGAAAAAAUUAGAAAGACACAAUAGGCUUCUUGAUUGCAAGCUUCAGGACUUAAGUAUAAACCUUCUGUUGGGAUCUUUUGAUGACAUUACUGAAAUAGAGCUGGGACCUGAUACGGAAAGUAGUGAAGUGACAGCUGAUAUCUUUACAAGAGAGCAGGCAAUUGAAAUAGACUAUAGCAGUCUUGAAGAAGAACUAAAGAACUUGCAGUCUGACAAAGAGAUUGAGACUCACCUAGAACAACUUCAGCAGGAAAUAGCAUCUAAAGAAAAUGUUUUAUGUAAAAUAGCAGCACCAAAACUGAGAGCCCUGGAGAGAUUACACAUAGUUACAGGCAGAUUCCAAGAAUCAGUUGAUGCAUUUGAGGCUCAUAGGAGGGAAGCCAGAUUAUGUAGGCAAGAAUUUGAAAAGGUGAAAAAAAGGAGAUACGAGCUGUUCAGCCAGUGUUUUGAGCAUGUGUCUAUAGCUAUUGAUCAGAUCUACAAGGAACUCUGCAGAAACAGUAGUGCCCAGGCAUUUCUUAGUCCUGAGAAUGCUGAGGAACCUUACUUGGAGGGCAUCAGCUAUAACUGUGUAGCUCCUGGAAAACGAUUUAUGCCAAUGGAUAACCUGUCUGGGGGUGAAAAAUCUGUAGCAGCUUUGGCUCUUGUGUUUGCAAUACACAGUUUUAGGCCAGCCCCCUUUUUCAUUUUGGACGAGGUUGAUGCAGCACUAGAUAAUACAAACAUUGGCAAAGUAUCAAGGUUCAUAAAGCAGCAGUCCCAAGAGAAGUUUCAAAUUCUAGUUAUUUCUCUAAAGGAAGAGUUUUAUUCUAAAGCAGAUGUUUUAGUUGGAGUCUGUCCUCAGCAAGAUGAUACUAUGUUUAGUCAAGUACUGACCCUGGAUCUUACUCGAUAUCCAAAAUCUGAUGAAAAUGAAAGAACGGAGAAACUGAGAAAGAGCUCUGUGUUGAAAUAGGAUAUAGAGUGAAUGUAUUGCUG